AUGUCAAGUGCCGCGCGCAAACCUGCAGCACGUAUCGCACGACCCGCCGCGCGAUACUGGAAGGGCAAGGCGCCCAAAGGCGCAGACGCCGCUGAAUCCGACUCUGACUAUGACGAGGAGGCCGAGGAGCAGGUGCCCGAGGAAGAGGGCGACGAGCUCAUACGCGAUGUGGGAGAAGACGACGAAGAAGAGGAGGACGAAGAUGGUCUCGAAGUGCGGAAGGAGGCGGUGAGCAGGCAGGCGAAGGGUGCGAUCAAUGUUGCGUUGCGGGACGUGAACAUUUCAAGGGAUGGCAAGGUCAUUGUAGGCGGGAAGGAGGAGUCAGGAAAGACGGCGGCUGAGCUGGAGGAAGAGGAGGAGGAAUCUGACGAAGAGGAAGAAGCUGGGGAGGAAGAGGAGGAAGAGUCUAGCGAAGAGGAGUCGGAGUCGGAAGAAGAGGAGAAGCCAAAGCUACAGUUUCGACCCGUGUUCAUACCAAAACGUGCUCGCGCAACGAUUGCUGAGAAAGAGGCUCUGGCAGAAGACUCGGAGGAGGCAAUCAAGCGGAAAGAGCAGGAGGCGGAGGAGCGCAGGAAAGCGAGCCACGACAUGGUGGCAGAGAGCAUCCGGCGAGAACUGCUCGAGAAGGAGAAAGAAGAGGAGGUGCCUGACGUCGACGACACAGACGGGCUCGACCCUGAAGGAGAGUUCGAGGCAUGGCGCCUGCGCGAGCUAGCGCGCAUCAAGCGCGACAAAGAAGCCGCACUCGCGCGUGAGCUGGAACGAGAGGAGAUCGAACGACGCCGCGCGCUCCCAGAGGAGCAGCGGCUCAAGGAGGACCUUGAGCGUGCGGAGAAGCUGCGCGCGGAGAAGCCCAAGGGCGCACAGAAGUUCCUUCAGAAGUACUGGCACAAGGGCGCGUUCCAUCAGGACGACGAGGUACUGCGGAAGCACGACUACACGGAGGCGACGGAGUCCACCAUGGACAUCUCAAUGCUGCCUAAAGUCAUGCAGGUCAAGAACUUCGGCAAGCGCAGCCGGACGAAGUACACGCAUCUGCUCGACCAGGACACCACCGCCAGCACCGGUGGGUUCGGCGGCACGGGGUCGGUCAAGGCCGGCGGGUCGUCGACCGCGGGCGGGGGUUGCUUCCUCUGCGGAGGGCCUCAUCUGAAGAAAGAUUGCCCGCAAAAUGCCAACCUGCCUCCGGGGCAGACCGCUACGGGCGCGAACAGCGCGCCGACCGGCGCUCGCCAAUGGGGCCCGCGCGAAGGCGGGCGAGAAGACCAGCGUAGCUCGUGGCGCGACAAUGACCGGGACGACAGGCGGCCGGACGGGAACCAGCCAGACCGCCGGAGAGAAGACGAUGGCCGAGCGCGGGAUCGCGACCGUGAGCGGACGAUUGACAGGGAGCGAUUCCACCGAGACGACCGCGACCGCGAGCGGGCGCGAGACAAUUUCGACGAUCGCGGCCGGGACCACGGCCACGACCGGCGGCGCUCGCGCUCACCGAGGCGAGAUUGGGGCCGUGGAGAGGAGAUGCGGAGGGACCGGCGGCGAUCGAGGUCGCGCUCGUUGGACCGUCCGCGGGACGAAAAGCGACGGCGAGUGGAUUGACUACUUGCAAGUUUGUUGUUGUACUGUUUCGGCGUUGACAUCCGCAUUGCUUAUAUUUAUGACCAGUCUCCAGUGGUAUCUGUUGACAUACGACAAAC